CGGCAACUUCGGCGUGACUUCCGGAGAGCUGCGCUUCGAGCCCGGCGGCGACGUGUCCGGCGACACGGUGUGGCACGUGAUGUUCACCGUGUUCGUGACGUACGCGAUGCUGCCGCUGCCGCUCAAGUGGUGCAUCGUGUGCGGCGUGCUCGCCUCGGUCGUCAACCUCGUCGUCAGCAGCGUCUACCGCGCCGAGCUCGACCAGCCCGUCUUCGAGCGCAUGAUUCUGACGAAUUCCUGCUUGUACCUCUGCAUCAACUUUGUCAGCAUGUACACAAAGUAUUUGACGGACAGAGCGCAACGAAACGCUUUCUUGGAAACGAGGCGGUCCAUCGAGACUCGCUACCGCACGGAGAAAGAGAUCAAAAAGCAGGAGAGCUUGUUGCUGUCCCUGCUUCCCCGAUUUGUGGCUCAAGAGAUCAUCAAGGACAUAUCGAACGAAGAAGACCACCGGAAAUUCUUCACGUCUCAGUUUCACAAGAUCUACAUCCACUGUUACGAGAACGUGAGCAUCCUCUUUGCGGAUAUACAAGGUUUCACAGCUCUGGCCUCAAGGUGCUCGGCCCAAGAACUGGUCAAAGUUCUGAACGACCUGUUUGCUCGCUUCGACCGUCUUGCAAACGAAAACCACUGCCUGCGGAUUAAGCUGCUCGGCGACUGCUACUACUGCGUCAGCGGCCUUCCGCACGCUCGCCCAGACCACGCGCACUGCUGCGUCGAGAUGGGAUUGCACAUGAUACAAGUAAUCAAGUUUGUUCGCCAGACGACGUGUGUGGACCUGAACAUGAGGAUCGGAAUCCACACGGGCUCGGUGUUGUGUGGCGUUCUGGGACUCCACAAGUGGCAGUUCGACGUCUGGUCGAACGACGUCACAUUGGCCAACCAUAUGGAGUCCGGAGGCAUCGCGGGUCGCGUUCACGUCUCGCAUGCCACGCUGGAAGCCCUGGGAGACUCGUACGCCGUGGAACCUGGAUACGGAGAGACGAGAGACGCCUACCUGAGGCAGCACAACGUGCAGACUUUCCUCAUCAAACGAACGGAACCGUCCACUUACAAGAAGGGCUACAAGCGGCGCAAGCGGCGGAGCAAUCCCGAGGACCGCCAGAGCACCGUCAGCCUCCCGAUGAGCAACGGCGCCAAUGGGGGCGCAGCCACCGGUGAGCACCGCUCCAGCGCCAGCACCAACAGCACGGUGGGCGCCGGGGACGAGGAUGCCGCGGCUGACUGGACGCCGGAGAUUCCUUUCAAGAACCUGGAGUCACUCGUCGCCUUCGCCGACGACGAGACCCUGGAGGACGGCGAGACGACGUUGCCGCCGGGUGCCGAACCGCCGACCUGCGACACGGACCGCCGCCCGUCGAGGCAGGAUUCGCGCGGUUCCUCGGUGCGCCGGAGCCAGAAGUGGCACGAGCGUUCCGGGGGUCAGCACCAGCCGGCGGUGGCGCUGUCGUCGUCGGCGGCGAACGAGGACGUCGACGAGAUCAUCGACCACGAGAUCGAGCUGGAGGGCAACAAAAAGAUGUGCCGGGCGAACGUCAACCUGUUCACCCUGUCCUUCAAGUGCGACAUCACGGAGAACCAGUUUCAACAACAUCAAGUUCACGACACUGUGUUUCGUUCGAACAUGACUUGUGCCUUCAUCACAUGGAUAUUCAUAAUCAUUUGCCAAGCAGUUAUGCUUCCAAAGUCGUUAUUUAUGACGGUGUCAUAUUCUGUUGUGUCCAGCCUUCUGGCUAUUGUUCUUGUGGCUGCGGUUGGAAGCGAGUGUCGGUGGUCUCCAAGUAACCUUGUGAAGGUUUCCAAGCUUUUGGAAGAACAGUGCUUCUGGAGGAAUAUCGUUAUUUGUUCUACAAUCCUCGUGAUGUACAUUGCUUCCACUGGCACCAUGUUUGUCUGUGACCGCCAGUCCAGCAACUCGACGGAUCAGUGUCGCCAUGAGCCGUCGGAUAGUUCCUUGUGUUGCUAUCCCCAGUACUACGUAUUUUCUUGGAUGUUGUACAUGGUUGCCUGCUCUGCCUUCAUCAAACUCAACUACCUUAUAAAGGUCGCCAUGCUUACUGCCAUGGCGGUAACGGACAUACUGCUUGUCAAAGUGUUCUUUCCGGACGUAUUCAGAAGGUCUCACAAGGGCUACAAUGUGAUUGUUUCAGUGGAAGACCGUAUGCCCAUCUUGAUCGCCGUAUUUUUCUACAUAGUUGUCUAUCACUGCAGACUGACUGAAGUCACCUCAAGGCUGGACUUCCUGUGGAAGCGCCAAGCACAGGCUAACCUGCAGAGCAUGCGCGAGAUAUGCACCUACAACACGCAACUGCUACGCAACGUUCUUCCCGACCACGUGGCAACCUAUUUUCUUACUCACGACAGAAAGAAUGAGGAGCUCUAUGCACAGUCUUACGUCUGCUGCGGCGUGUUGUUCGCCUCCAUACCAAACUUUGCAAAUUUUUACUCCGAGGACGUCAACAAUGGCGUGGAAUGCAUCAGGCUACUGAAUGAAAUAAUAUUUGACUUUGACCAGCUGCUCGAUGACGAAAGGUUUCAAUGCCUGGAGAAAAUCAAGACAAUCAGCAGCACCUAUAUGGCGGCUUCUGGCCUAAACCCUAAAGACCAGAACCUUGCAUCAUGGGUCCACCUAACAGCUCUGGUGGACUUCGCCAUUUCUAUGAAAGAAGCCCUUGAAGAUGUCAAUAAGCAUUCCUUCAACAACUUCAAGCUGCGUGUAGGAAUAAGCCACGGUCCGCUGGUCGGCGGCGUGAUCGGGGCGCGCAAGCCCGUGUACGACAUCUGGGGCAACACGGUGAACGAGGCCAGCCGGAUGGACUCCACCGGGGCCCUGGACCACAUCCAGGUGCCGCGGCCCACGGCUCAGCUGCUCGAGGAGCACGGCUACAGCGUCCAGUGCCGUGGCCUCGUCCAGGUCAAGGGCAAGGGCACCAUGGAGACGUACUUCGUGCUGGGCAAGAAGAUCGCGCGCGCGCGCUCCAUGAACCGGAAUCCGAGCACCAGGAGCACGCUGGCUGCCUUCGUCUACGGGCUCGUGCAGGCCCGCAAGAAGCAGGCCCUCGGUUCCAGCCUGAGCGUGCCCAGCCCCCGGCAGAGGACGUCCCCGAACGCCGGCUCCUUCAUGCGCAAGCAGAAGCUGCACCGCAUGCUGUCCGAGACGCCCAACUCGGACCGCAAGCGCAACAGGCUACGGGAGAGGAGGAUGACCGAGACGGCCGGCAGCAGCCAGUCCUUCCCGGACAUGCGCAGUGCGGACAGGGACGAGCCUUUCAACUCGCCGUGACGUGCUUUGGUGCGCGAACGCGAGUGCGCGUCAAGCCACAGUGCGUGUGUUCCGGCAUGCGCGGGCGCGCGUGUGCGUGUGUUUCAGAGCGCGCGCGCGCGCGCGCGCACGCAGGAGCAUCGAGUUGGCGGCAUUUGUUCGGAACAGUGUGGACGGACCUUCUUCGCCGGAGGCCGGCCGUCUCGAGAGGCGAUGGGACGAAAUGUGGACUUGCCUUGUCUCGCGAGAAGAAAAAAAGCCUGUCCCUGAAGUCGUCCUAACAAAAAGGAGCACGAGCCACGACGAAGUUACUGCUUUUGCGGCGCAUCGGACUUUCUGCGCCGACACGCCAAAGGACUUUUUUUCGAAACGAACUCUGCUGACCUGCGCCGAUCCUUGGUCCUGUACACCGUCAUAUGCCAUAAUCAUCACCGACAGCGUGGUGCUAACUGAAGGACGCCUCACGCACCGGUGCCAUUUGUCGGGGAUCACGUGUUCUGUUUCAAACGCCUAAUCGUACCCAUUGUUACUAUUUUACCAGAUGGCUAAUAAAUAUUAAUUUCUGUAGACAUCAGCAAA